GAUGCCCCAUUGCCCGUCUCUAACAAGUUCGGAUAAACCAGAGAAAGGGGAAGAGAAAAUGGCUGCCACACAGCAUCUUGUCUUCUCUCACCCAUUUUCUAUAUAUAUCCAUCGUUCUUUCCCCAUUUUACAGAAUCAGAGCUCGUGUUCCACGCCAAAGAAAAGAAAAUGUGGGAAAAUCCUUGCGUGUUCGAUCAAUGAAAGAGAUCACACUCUGUGGGAUGGGGUUUCAAGAAGGGAUUUAGCAAUCAUUGGCCUAUCUUCACUUUCUCUAACAUUUCCUUCUUUGAGUUCAAGAGCUGAAGAAGAUGUUAGAAUGGCUUCAUUGGUUGAUGAGAUUAAUUCAUAUUCCUAUAUGUACCCUACAGAGCUUCCUUCCAAAAGAUUUGUCUUCAAAUGGGUUGAAUCCCGAAAACCAGAGCGGUAUUCGUCGGCCCCACCUCUGUCACCUGAUGCACGCCUUCGCAUUGUGUCUGAAAGAGUUGAUCUCAUUGACAAUCUGAUUAUUUCUGUUACGAUUGGUCCACUGAAUUCACAGCUCCUAAAGUCAAAGGAAAAAAGUUUCUGGAGUGCGAAAGACGUUGCUGAAUCUGUAUUAUCCGAUAAGUCUGCUUUGAGGGUAACCUCAAGUCAACGGUUAGCGGAAAGCUCACUCCUUGAUGCACAUUCUUCUCAAAUUGAUGGUGAACCAUAUUGGUAUUUUGAGUACAUUGUUCGCAAAUCACCAACAAAAACUGCUCUUGAGUCAAAUAUCUUCCGCCACUAUGCAGCUUCAACAACUGAACGAGAUGGUUACCUUUAUACUCUCAGUGCUUCAACACUUAGUAAGCAAUGGAGCCAAAUGGGACCGUUCUUAGAAAAGAGUGUUGCUUCUUUUCGUCUUCUCCCUCCUUCACAAAGUUAUGUUCCUCCAUACAAAGAUCCUUGGAGAUUUUGGUGAAGGGAUAUCAGUUUUGUCUGGAACAAAUAUGACCUCCCAACUGCAGACACUCAACUGAUGCACUGGAAUGAAGAGGCGGAAGCUCUUACAGUGAAUCUAAAGAUCAUUCAUGGCAAAACUUUUUAAGCUUGAUGUGGUGCAGAUGAUUAAAUUGAACAAUGCUUUCGAUGGACAAGGAACAAGUGCUACAUCAAUAUGAUCUUUUAUAUGUCUCUUUCUUGCUUAAUUAAUCAGAGAAUUAGAUUAAUGGCGAUAGAUCUAUCCAAGUCUUGACCAAUGGCACCCAAAUUUAUUACAAAUUGUCUGCGUCAGAAUAAACCUUAGAAUGAUUUAUACAAGACAGGCUAAAUAAUCGUACUUCUAUGGUACUCCAAAGUAAAUCAAAAUGAUUUAUUUGCUAUUGGUUCUUUUUGGCAUAGUAUUAUAAUAGUCUACCAUCUUAAAGAGUAUUCAUUGGUUGAGAUCCUGCCAUGAAUUUGUUCUGCAGCUGGACCAAUAUUCAGUAACCAGUUUAGAGAAGGAAGAAUUGAUUGCCAUAAGCUUUGAAGGCUCAUCAUAUUCAACUAGCUUCCCUGCAAGAAGUUUGAAAGAUAGAGCUUUCAUUGUUUGUAGUUGCAAGCCUUAUAUACCUUUAAGGUUCCUGACUCAAAUGGAGAGAAAUUGUUAUACAUAACUUAUGUAUAAGAGAAUGGGAAAAAGCUUACCAAAAGAGAGGAGGAGGACCAUGUGGCUGUCUAUGACGGUGGGGACACGAUGAGCAACAGUGAUGACUGUGCAAUUGCAGAAUUCUUCUCUGAUGAUUUUCUGCAGAGUGUAAUCAGUGGCAGAGUCUAUGGAAGCUGUUGCCUCAUCCAGAACUAAGAUUCUGUUCCUUUUCAGAAGGACUCUUCCAAGGCAGAACAGUUGCCGUUGCCCCAUGCUCCAGUUCUCUCCCUCAUCA